CAGUGUGCAGAGUCCCGACUCAGCUGCAGGACGGCUCUGACAUGCUGCUGCCGGGAAACGGUUCCUCGGGCCGGGCUGAAGUCCUGGAGUCUAACCGGUCCAGACCAGAACCUGGAGCAGAACCUGGAGCAGGGUUUGAACCCGGGCCGGAGGCGGUGAUUGUUCCGGUGGUGUUUGGGCUGAUCUUUGUGCUGGGGCUGCUGGGAAACUCUCUGGUGAUGCUGGUGAUCGGGAAGGUGAAAUACAGCAUCGGUGGCGGGAAACGCAGCCCCGGCAGCCCGACCAACAUCUUUGUGGUUAACCUGAGCGUGGCAGACCUUGGUUUCCUGCUGUUCUGCGUGCCAUUCCAGGCCACCGUGUACUCGCUGCCGCAGUGGGUGUUUGGCGGCUUCGUGUGCACGUUCAGCCACUACAUCUCCUCCGUCAGCAUGCUGGUGAGCAUCUUCACACUGGCCGCCAUGUCCGUGGACCGCUACAUCGCUGUGGUUCUCUCCCAGAAGCCCCGGCGCUGCAUGCGGAGCCGCCGGAACGCUCUGGCCAGCGUCGGCGUGAUCUGGGUGCUGUCGGCAGCGUGCUCGGUGCCGGUGGCCCAGCACCAUAUCCUCAUCGGCUACCCCAGCGGCACCAACAGCACCUUCUGCUGGGAGCACUGGGAGUCCAGAGCCGCCAAACGCAGUUACAAGGUGGCGGCGCUGUUGCUAGGAUACGUGCUACCGCUGCUGCUCAUCUGCUGCUGCUACGCCAGGGUUUUGUUUCAUCUUCAUAAAAAGAUGAAGAACGUGUCCAAGAAGUCUGAGCGCUCUAAAAGAAAGACUGCUCAGACGGUGCUGCUGGUCAUCACAGCCUUCACCAUCUGCUGGAUGCCGCACCACAUCAUCGCCAUGUGGGUGGAGUUCGGCCGCUUCCCGCUGACCGACGCCUCCUUUGCCUUCCGCAUCCUGUCCCAUUGCCUGGCGUACGGAAACUCCUGCGUCAACCCCGUCCUCUACGCCUUUCUGUCAGAGAACUUCCGUCGGGCAAGCAGCCAGGUCUGCAGCAGCCGCUUCCUGCUCCAGCCGCCGCCACCGGGUGGCGACGUGGUCCGUUUCCGCAUGGAGAACUUGUCUGCCACGCACUCCACCACCAAAAUAUGAAGGACUGAG